CCCGCCUCCUAUUGGAAAGCUCUAUCUCAUGUCCGUGCCACCUUCUCUCGAUCCAUCACCCCUGUCCUGCAUUAAAGGGUAUAUAAGAGGGGCGUUAAGCUGUCACACAGCAGAGCCAGCAGGAGACUCAUCGUCGCACUGAGAGAGACAUCAGGAGACAAGAUGCCCACCACCACGAGGAUCAUCUCUGACAGCAGGAAGUUGGAUAAAGCCAGAAAAGCCAAAGCUGGAAGCACACCUGCAGAGAAGAUCCCGGCCUACGAGCCAAAUCUCCCUGAGCCAAAAUGCAGAGCUGAUCUCAUCAAACACUGGUUCAACCUUUCCCUGGAUGACAAGACAGCCAAUAAGGUGCUGUGGAUCACAGAUGGCGGUGCUAAGGUGGCCCGUAUGACCGAUAAUGUCACUUGUCCCGUCCUGGAUAGACCAGAGCGAUAUGAGUAUGCUCCGCAGGUUCUCUGCAAAGAAGGCAUCCUGGGCUUCCGAGGCUACUGGGAGGUGGAGUUUUCGGGAUGGGUCGUGGUCGGGGUCGCCUACGAACGGGCGGGGAGGAGGAACAACGAAGGACCCUGCGGCCUGGGAGAGAAUGAGGAGUCCUGGGGACUGGGCUGGAGCGGGUCCUGCUACAAUGCGUGGCACAAGAGCCACAGCAUAGAGAUCACGGAGAUUCCCAAGUGCUCCACAAUCGGGGUCUACCUCGAUCAGCCUGCCGGUAUCCUAAAUUUCUACGCCGUGGAGGAGGUGAAGGAGGGAGAGGAGAGCACAGGGGGGAAGGAGGUCAAACUUUUGCAGCAGGUCAGGAGCUCCUUCACGGAGAAAAUGUUAGCGGGUUUCUGGGUGGGGAACCACUCACACUGUCUGAUCACAAAGAAGGAGGAAUAGGGGACGGAAUCAACAUUUCUAAAAGUUAAUCAUCAUGAGCUGAGAGAGGCGUGAAACUAUGUCAUUCUUUUUGUAAGAAAGCUACAAUUAUGGUAGCUGUAAACACAAAAUGACUGGACAACACCAACAACCACUGGAACAUUUCCAUUCAUAUAAGCUUGUAUAAAUCCUAUGCAAGUUGUAAUAGCUGAAACAUCAGUUCCCAUGAGAUAUACUCCUUAUUACCGGCAGAUCUGAGACUGAUACAGAGUACCUAGGUUAGCAUGUUUCAGUAAAAGGUAAAGUCCAAUGACAAUCAGCCCACUGUUCUGGACUUGCCAGGGACAACCGGACCACUCAAGGCUUAUACUGUAAUAUUUAUGUGUAUUUCUAUCACUCCAUUGUUUUUUGCUUGUAAAGAAUGUACAGUGUUACCCACUUUGCUAUGAAUGUAUACAGAAUGUUUGCAUAAGUUCGAAUAAAUAAUAAUCUUGA